CAUUAAAGCACUCAGUGUGUUCACGGUCAUUCUCUCUCGAUAUAAAAAUCGUACGAAAGGUUGACAUUCGACUUAAUAUUAAUUUUCACUUUUAAGCUGGAAGCAGUGCUUAACAAAUCAUUAAUAGUUCUUAAACGUGUUCAUAACAUUUUGCAUAUUCAGACGAAAGUGUUCAAUAGUGACUUAAUUAAGUAUUUCACAGUAUUUCAUAAUAUCCAAAAAGUACUUCAGGAAAGUAAAAAAGAGACAGAGAACACAUCCACACAUCCACUUGUUCAAUAAUUAAAUUAUAAAAUCAGCAUGACUUCUACAUUUUUUGACAAUUAUAAAUCAAUAAUACUUGGAACUGGGAAUAUUUUAGAGAAUGAGGAAUUCAAGAAGGCUAAAAACCCAACUCAGGAAAUGCUUCUUUGUAUGUGUGCAAGAAUCAAGGAAAUAAAUGAACAGCAUAUUGAAAAUGGUGCCGAGCCAGCUGACGAGUUUGUAGCGAUUCCACAUGAGGAGAUAACAGAGGAGGACGAGACAUCUGAGGGAAAGACAAAAACAGUCAUUAAAUUAUUUAUGAAUGAAUUUCAUGAGGAUGCAAUCGACGAAUGCUUUAGUCAUACCUUGAAAAUCUGUAAAACAGCACCGAAUGUCAUUCUUGCUUACACUCCAACAUCGAGUAUUCAUAAUGAUAAGUUUGUUUGGGCUGAUAAUGAUGCAAAAUCUAAAAAGCAUUUCAAGACAUUAUGGGCGAAAUUAAGAGAAGAGAAGAAAGCCGGUAGAAUAGAACAAUUGGGGAUUGCAGACAUGGAUCUUGACACAAUUAUGGAUAUUUUUGAUGAUAAAAACUUUGAUUUUACUAUUCUUCAAAUUAACAUUGUAACAUGCUGCAUGCCUCCACCUUGCCUUGUCAGUUUUUGUAAGGAACAUGAGAUUCAGCUACUUACUCAUUCAGAUCCACAGGUUCUAUUUCCAUCAUGUCACAUGUGUGAUAUUGCUUUGGGAAAGUCAUUCAAGAUAAAAUGGGUCGUAAGAUUCCUCGAGACACUCAUUUGUCGUGGCAUAUUAACCAGAAAAGGAUUCAUAGUUAACUUUCAACGAAUGUUGGACUAAUUUCACAGGAUAACGAUUCAUUCAUCGCACUUAAUUUUAACGAACAAAAUCUGUUAAUUUUUUUAUUUCGCACAUUUUUCACAGACUUUUGUGGGAUGCAAUGCCUAUAUACGAGAACAUUUUAAAAAAGAUAAAAACUUUUAUACACUAUAUUUAUGUAUACGCAAUUUUUGCAUUUUUUAGUUUACUAGAUAUUUUUGGAACUGUAUUUUUUAUAGCUU